AUGGCCGCCAUGCUUCAAACACCGCAUAAAGAUGACCUCCCCGAAACGUGGUCGUUCCUCGAGGCGGGAAUCGAUAAUGUGAUGAUGAAGCUUGAGGAAGGAGUUGACAUGAAGCAUUACAUGGCUCUUUACACCGCCGUCCACAACUUUUGUACCUCACAGAAAGCCGUCACCAGCAGUCAAGGUCUACAGGCUCACCGAGGAGCACACCUCCUGGGAGAAGAGCUUUACAAGCUAUUAGGCGAGUAUCUAUCACGCCAUCUGGCUGUUGUCUACAAGGAAUCCCAGAGUCACGCCGAAGAAGCUCUCCUCGCAUUCUACAUUCGCGAAUGGUCCCGAUACACUACCGCUGCCAAAUACAUCAACCAUUUGUUCAGUUACCUGAAUCGACACUGGGUGAAGCGCGAGAUCGACGAGGGCAAGAAGAAUGUUUACGACGUUUACACUUUGCAUCUCGUCAAGUGGAAGGAGGAUUUCUUUGAGCACGUUCACGAGAAGGUGAUGGAUGCCGUGCUAAACCUUAUAGAGAAACAGCGCAACGGCGAAACCAUCGAACAAUCACAGAUCAAGAGCAUCGUUGAUUCAUUUGUCUCUCUGGGCCUGGACGAGAACGAUAGCAAGAAGCCCACCCUUGAAGUCUACCGAACCUAUUUCCAAACGCCAUUCAUCGCAGCCACUAAGCAAUAUUACGAAAACGAAUCCCGGCAGUUUGUGGCGGAGAACAGCGUUGUCGAGUACAUGAAGAAGGCGGAGGCUCGACUUGCAGAGGAGAAGGAUAGGGUCGGUCUCUAUUUGCAUCCCGAUGUCACCAAGGCACUUACUGAGACCUGCCUCGACGUCCUUGUCACUGCCCAUUCCAACUUGCUUCGCGAUGAGUUCCAGAUUCUCCUGGAUAAUGAGCGUCAGGAAGACCUUGCCCGGAUGUACCGACUUCUAUCUCGCAUCAAGGAGGGAUUGGACCCUCUACGCGCUACAUUUGAAAACCACGUGAGACGAGCUGGCCUGACUGCGGUUGAGAAGGUCGCAUCCGAAGGCGAUAACUUCGAGCCCAAGCUCUACGUGGACGCCCUUCUGCAAGUUCAUACCAGGUAUCAAAAUCUAGUUGACGAAGCUUUCAACGGCGAAUCUGAGUUUGUGCGUUCUCUCGACAACGCUUGUCGCGAGUUUGUCAACCGAAACCGCAUCUGCAAGACCACAACGACUCGCUCUCCAGAGCUCCUGGCAAAAUACACCGAUGGUCUACUGAAGAAGGGUUCCAAGGCUGCGGAGGAGUCCGAACUGGAGGAGAUGCUCACGCAGAUCAUGACUGUCUUCAAAUACAUCGAAGACAAGGAUGUUUUCCAAAAGUUUUAUUCCAAGAUGUUGGCGAAACGUCUCGUGCAUGUCAGCUCUGUGUCCGACGAUGCAGAAACCAGCAUGAUCAGUAAACUGAAGGAAGCCUGUGGUUUUGAAUACACCAACAAACUGCAGCGCAUGUUCCAGGACAUCCAACUCUCCAAAGACCUCAACUCAAAUUACAAGGACCACCAAGAAAAGACAUACGAUGAUGACGACCGCAAAAAGAUGGUUGACUCGCACUUCCAGAUCCUUGGAACUGGCUUCUGGCCCCUCAACCCUCCCACAACCCCCUUCAAUGCCCCCACCGAGAUCAACAAGACCUGCGAGCGGUUCCAGCAAUUCUACUUCGGCAAGCACAAUGGUCGCAAGUUGACCUGGCUGUGGCAACUCUGCAAGGGCGAAUGUCUACUUACCAAAUGGGCAUCUUGCUGCUGUUCAACGAGACCGACACCAUGGGCUACUCCCGAUAUCCAAAAGGCGACAGCACUAGGCCCAGAAGUCCUUGAUCCUAACCUCAGUAUCCUUUUGAAGGCGAAGGUGCUCCUGGCAAGCCCAGAGGGUGCCAAGCCUGACCCCUCAACCACUUUCACCCUCAACUACAACUUCAAAAAUAAGAAAAUCAAGGUCAACCUCAACAUCCAGAUUAAGUCGGAGCAAAAACAAGAAUCGGAUGAUACCCACAAAACCAUAGAAGAGGACCGGAAACUUCUGCUCCAGUCGGCCAUUGUCCGUGUCAUGAAAUCUCGAAAGAAGAUGAAACACGUACAACUGGUGCAAGAAGUCAUCCAGAUCGUCAAAUCUCGCUUCCCGCCUAAGAUUUCCGAUAUCAAGAAAAACAUCGAAGCUCUCAUGGAGAAGGAUUACAUCGAACGUCUAGACGGGGACGAAAUAGCUUACAUUGCUUAA